UCUCAAAUCACUUCAUCCUCACCCCAAAAGAAUGGCAAGGAAAAUCAACUGCUGUGGCUGCUUCCUCUGGGCACAGACCUUGUCGCUGUUGGAGAGGAAUCUGAGUGCCACGCUCCCUCUCUCAAGAUAAAUGAGUUUGGGACGUCCCCAGACCCCGGGUCAGAAUGCUGCCCCUCUGGCAUGCGCUAGCUGUAGCAGUGGUCCAGAUCUUUGUCUUCUCAGAAACCCGGGCAUUUGCCAAGAACAUCAACUUCUAUAACGUGAGACCUCCUCUCGACCCGACACCAUUUCCAAACAGCUUCAAGUGUUUCACCUGUGAAAAUGCAGGAGAUAAUUAUAACUGCAACCGAUGGGCAGAAGACAAAUGGUGUCCAGAAAAUACGCAGUACUGUCUGACAGUUCACCACUUCACCAGGCAUGGGAGAAGCACCUCCAUCACCAAGAAGUGUGCCUCCAGGACCGAGUGUCACUUUGUUGGCUGCCAGCACAGCCGAGAUUCUGAACACACAGAGUGCAGGUCCUGCUGCGAGGGGAUGAUCUGCAAUGUGGAGUUACCCACCAACCACACCAACGCGGUCUUCGCCGUCAUGCACGCUCAGAGAACGUCCGGGAGCAGUGCCCACGCGCUCUGCCUGCCCCUGCUUGCCUGGGCCUUCACGCUUCCGCUGAUAUGAUGCCGCCAUUCCUAGGAGGAGCAGAAACCAGCCCCCUGAAACACAAACUGAAAACUGUGUCAACAGUGAACUUUUGAGCGGAGACCAAUCUUGCAGUUGGUGGAGAGUACACAUUGACUCCAAAGCAGAACACAGUUGUUUGCUUUUAAAAUGCUCCUGCAUGAGGCCAUGGCAUCAAGGAAGGGAAUUUGGCCCAGACCUUCAGGAUUCCAGGUCAAAGAGGGUGCAUUUUGUCACUGUUGCAAGGAGGAUCCUGCCAGCAUCCCCAGCGGGCAGGUUGUAGUAGCCUGUUGUCCCCGCCGAGCAGGUCAUUAGCUGAAAGGACUGACCCCUUGACCUCACCGACUCCUUCAGAGGCUGCUGGGUCAGGGCCUCUCUUGCUGUGAUUAGCUCAGAGUGUCUCUGGGAACCCUAACCCUUCCCCCGACAAGAAAGCAAUUUCCCUGCCAAUGUGUAGCCAACGACAAAGGCAAAUACAGUCAUCCCUCGCUUAACACUGUUAAUCAAUUCCAGAC